AGGCGCGAAUCGUCGAGACCGGAUUCAGGAAUCGGCAUCCAGAACAAGGGCAUCUGUGGAAUGCCUAUUUGUAGACACCAUACGUAGGAGCCUUCGUUGUACGUGCUCGCUCGUCGAGGCCGGCGCUUCGCUGCUCUUCACUUCUCGACACCGACUUCCGAAUAAUCACUUCUCGAAUAUCCUGCAGUGAUGGAGAACAGUGUCGAAUUCGCAUCUCGAGCAGAGGCGUGUUCGUCCGACAACGAUGGAAACUCUCUUCUGCGGACGGCUCAGUGGUAUCGUCGUCACGGUCGUCCGUCGCGUCAAGACAAGGCAGCUCAACAGCAGUAUCUCUCGCCCUCCGAGGAACAAGCACUAGCCGAGUUCAUGCUGCACAUGGUCCACACGCAGUGCUUACUCCCUGUCAAGUCGCUACGCAUACUCGCUCAGAUCAUCCGGCGUCAGCGCUGCUGCAUUUUUCCAGACGUUGGGGGCCGACGAGUUGCGCGCAGCGCGGCCGUCCUGCGUGCCGCAUGUGUUUGACCCUCAGACCCGCGCCCGUAUUCAGGGACGACCUCGCGUUUUGAUCAGCGGUGGCGUUAGCACACACGAGUCGCUUAAGGUCCCCACG